CUCAAAGCUCUCACCUACGUUUUCGGAGGGAUCUCUACCGCCUACAUAAUGGGCUACCAGUUUUUCACCACGGCACGAAACCACUUGUCCUUUGGGCUGUACGGGGCCAUCCUGGUCAUCCACCUUAUCAUCCAGAGCCUGUUUGCUGUCCUAGAACACCGGAACAUGAGGAGAUCCAUGGAGACGCCCAUCAAACUCACCAAAUCACUGGCCCUGUGCAUUGCAGCCUAUCAGGAGGACCCGGCCUACCUGAGGAAGUGUUUGGUAUCGGUCAAGAGGUUGACCUACCCGGGCAUCAAGGUCAUCAUGGUGAUCGACGGGAAUAACGAGGACGACAAGUACAUGAUGGAGAUCUUCCGGGAGAUCAUGGGGUGGGAUAAAGCCACCACGUACGUCUGGAAAAAUAACUACCACCACCGAGGAUCUGAGGAGACGGACGAGAUGUACGCUGAGAGCCUGCAGGCCAUCUCGCGCCUUGUGCUCAAUAAUAAAUGUGUCUGCAUCAUGCAGAAGUGGGGAGGCAAGAGGGAAGUAAUGUACACAGCCUUCAAAGCCCUGGGGAGGAGUGUGGACUAUGUUCAGGUGUGUGACUCUGACACUAUGCUGGAUCCUGCGUCCUCUGUGGAGAUGGUGAAGGUUCUGGAGGAAGACCCCAUGGUGGGAGGAGUGGGAGGAGACGUCCAGAUCCUGAACAAAUACGAGUCCUGGAUCUCGUUUCUUAGCAGCGUCCGUUACUGGAUGGCCUUCAACAUCGAGCGAGCGUGUCAGUCCUACUUCGGCUGCGUCCAGUGUAUCAGCGGACCACUGGGAAUGUACAGGAACAACCUGCUCCACGAGUUCAUAGAGGAUUGGUACAACCAGACCUUCAUGGGCAGCCACUGUAGCUUCGGCGACGACCGCCACCUCACCAACCGCGUGCUGAGCCUGGGCUACGCCACCAAGUACACGGCCCGGUCCAAGUGCCUGACCGAGACCCCCAUCACCUACCUGCGCUGGCUGAACCAGCAGACCCGGUGGAGUAAGUCUUACUUCAGAGAGUGGCUCUACAAUGCCAUGUGGUUCCACAAACACCACCUCUGGAUGACCUACGAGGCUGUCAUCACCGGGUUCUUCCCCUUCUUCCUCAUCGCCACGGCGAUACAGCUGUUCUACCAGGGGAGGAUCUGGAAUAUCCUUCUCUUCCUGUUGAUCGUCCAGGCGGUCGCCCUCAUCAAGUCCUCCUUUGCCUCUUGCAUGAGGGGCAACAUCGUCAUGGUCUUCAUGUCCUUCUACUCAGUGUUGUACAUGUCCAGUCUGCUACCGGCCAAGAUGUUUGCUAUCGCCACCAUAAACAAGGCUGGCUGGGGCACGUCAGGGAGGAAGACGAUCGUGACUAACUUCGUAGGGCUCGUUCCCAUAUCGGUCUGGUUCACCAUCCUCUUCCUUGGCAUUAUCUAUACGGUCGUCCAGGAAACCAGAAAAGAUUUUCCUUUUCCAGACUCUGAAAAGAUAGUGUUAAUCGUUGGUGCGAUAGUGUACGCCAGCUACUGGGUCAUGCUCUUGACGUUGUACAUGGUUCUGAUCACUAAAUGUGGCAAGAGGAAGAAAGAACAGCAGUAUGAUAUGGUGCUGGAUGUAUGACAUCUUCCUCCUUUCCUCCUCCUCCUCCACUGAAACUCCUCGAUUGGGUCUUAAACGCCACUCUAUAUCCUGUGUAGUGCACUACUUUUGACCAGGGUCCAUACAGGGUUCUGGUCAAAAAGAGUAACACACUUUUUCCGGAUCAGGGUGCAGUUCGAGACGCAGACAUUCUCCCUCUCAACGUUUACAAAGUGAAGAAUCUCAAACUGCUCAUUGAUUGUUGGACUCUCGGCAGGUGACGUGAAGUGACGAUGCCAGAAGAGCGAUAUAUCAUUGCUGCUGCGACUGACUGCAACAAGAAACUACAGAUAUUUCCUUCUGAAAUAUUAUGAUGAUGAGGUAAAAAAAAACACUUGUUGUUGAUGUGUUUUGCCAAAUGGAAAACCACCAACUGGACAUCCUGUUUUUCCACAGAGAUGAUAUGCAUAAUGUCCUAUGCACUUUUACGUCUCACUCCCAUUGUGCAUAAUGCUUGACAGAGUCAUUUGAAGAUGAAAUACCUCAGUGGUUAUGCUUUUCAUUGUAUGAGUGAGUGAUCGGGAUGCACCCAGAAAAUGGCUCGUUCUUGAUUAUAACAUAAUUUAUGAUGUUUUUUGGUCAUAUUUGUCCUCUCUUUUUUUAUACACAGUUGUUAAUGAAAGUCAAAGCUGGAAUUUCUCAGUUCUUUGGCCAUGCUGUAUCUGUUGACGUGUUACUUUGUAAUUUACAUAUUAUAUUUUAAUGCCUUUUUAUAUAGACUUUUUAAAAUUCUAUUUUUGCUUUAAUAAACACCAAAGAUUCUUUAUUUUCAUUCAUUUUUUUAUAUAAAAUGGAUAGAAAAAAAAUGCAUUGUGCAUUCAACUGUUAUAGCAAUGAUGUGUGUAUCUGACCAAAAAU